GCCAUCAUCAAAAUCCGCUUUCUCUCGCCGUUGUCUUUCUUUUUACGACAAUUUGUAACUCAUUGGAAUAGCACGAGCCACGGUGCAGCUGUUUUCAUUAACCCAGUUCUAAUUGCUGCGUCACCGCCAUACAACACGGGAUAUCUGAUUAGUGAGCACAGUUUUACUGGGUUGGAUAGAGGGAAUAGAGAAUGACUCACAUUUUGAAAAGGGGAAUGCUUCGACUACAGUGUGGAUUUUGACUGGAUGCAAGUGUGUUUUAGUGUGUGUUUUAAUGUGUGUUUUAGUGCGUGUUUUAAUGUGUGUUUUUCCCUUUGUGUUUCUGAUGGUGCAUCAGAGUGUUUUAUGCUAUUUAGAAAUGUUACUUUAAUUUGCUAAGUGGUUAACUAUAUUCAGUCAGAUUUCUCACGCGUUCAUCAACCGCCGGCACUUUACAUACUGUUAUGCUUUAAGCAUCUUAAUUACUGAAUACAAUGGUGCAAUAAUUGAGUAUUUAUAUAUUUGUGCCUUUACUUGUCGACGGGCAGCACACUGGGGUAACAACGAAACGGAAAGUUUUGGAAACAUUGACGGAUAGAUAUGGCAAUGGUAACGUGGAGAAACGGCGAGGAAGAUGUCGCCCGCGACUCUCAAGACGGAAUCUCUUCCCCGGUCUCUCAAGGCGAACCGUUAUCCCUCUCUACCGACCUAACGGGACACGUCAAUCCCACAUCCUCUCUGGAUAUCCCCUCAACACGUCAGACACCCCAAGGCGCUCAUUCAAGCAAUACAUCUCAAUCUAUCACUAGCCAAACGUCGACUAUCUCCAUGCCUCAGCAGAUCGAGUGUGUGGUGUGCGGGGAUAAAUCCAGCGGGAAGCACUAUGGUCAGUUGACAUGUGAGGGGUGUAAGAGCUUCUUCAAACGGAGCGUCAGACGGAACCUCGGCUACACCUGUCGCGCUGGCAGGAACUGUCCCAUUGAUCAACACCACAGGAAUCAAUGCCAGUACUGCCGCCUCAAGAAAUGUGUCAAAGUGGGAAUGCGGAGAGAAGCGGUUCAGAGAGGGAGGAUGCUGCCUACUCAACCGUACCACGGUCAGUUCUCCAUAACCAACCGAGACCCUCUCCAAUGCCACUCCUACCUUUCUGGAUACAUCUCCCUGCUCAUGCGAGCCGAGCCCUACCCCACAUCCAGAUACAGCACGCAGUGUAUGCAGUCCAACAACCUGGGGAUCGAGAACAUCUGUGAGCUGGCCGCCCGGAUGCUGUUCUCGGUGGUGGAGUGGGCCCGAAACAUCCCCUUCUUCCCCGACCUCCAGAUCACCGACCAGGUCGCCCUGCUCCGGCUCACUUGGAGCGAGUUGUUCGUGCUGAACGCGGCCCAGUGCUCAAUGCCGGUGCAGGUGGCUCCUCUCCUGGCCGCCGCAGGGCUGCAUGCCGCCCCCAUGUCGUCGGAGAGAGUCGUGUCUUUCAUGGACCAUAUUCGGAUCUUCCAGGAGCAGGUGGAGAAGCUGAAGGUUCUGCAUGUUGACUCAGCCGAGUACAGCUGCAUUAAGGCUAUAGUUCUCUUUACGUCAGAUGCGUGCGGUCUGUCAGACGUGACUCACGUGGACGAUAUUCAGGAGAAGUCCCAGUGCGCCCUGGAAGAGUACAUCAGGAGCCAGUACCCUAACCAACCGAACCGGUUUGGGAAGCUACUACUCCGUCUGCCCUCUCUACGCACCGUCUCCUCGUCCGUUAUAGAACAGUUAUUCUUCAUCCGGUUGGUCGGAAAAACACCAAUAGAAACUCUCAUUAGGGAUAUGUUGCUUUCUGGAAGCAGUUUUAAUUGGCCUUACAUGUCGAUGCAGUAGAAUAAGAACAUUCCAGAACACACCAGGAAUGGAAUCAUAGAACUAGAAUGUUAUAUGGGUGGAACUUUAGAUACUGUCAGAGGAACAGGCAACAUUCUAAAGCAGUGUUUCACAACCUUUAUCUGUAACUGUACCAGCAACUAAAUGUUACUCUGCCUGGAGUCCCCUGGAGUCCCCCCGGGGUCCCCCGAGUCCCCUGGAGUACCCACUCAGGUGCAUUUUACUAGCAGGCCUAUGGUCUCAUGAGUCUUCUCCAGUAACCCCUGAGGUUAGGCCAAGUACCCCCAGGGGUCCUAGUACCCCUGGUUGGGAACCACUGUUCUGAAGCAUGAAAAGAGACUAAUUAAAUGACAGGGAUCCUCCUCACAAAUCAUGAUUUGGGAAACAAAAUAGAGUAUUUCUUUGACCCUGUAUGUAUAUUUAUUGUGCAUGUUAAUGAUGUUUAUUUUUUACAAAUGUUUUCCAUUUGACCCUGGAUAAGAAAAUGACAAGGGAAUUGUUGUAGUUUUUCCCGACUUUGUCUUUUGUCCACACAUGUCUUUUUGUAUAAUGUGCUCCAAACAUGGAACUAAAACAUGAAUAGUUUCUUUAAAUAUUUCAAUAAACACAGUCGUCCAGGGGUACUCUAAUACUAUUAGAGAUGAUCUGAGCACACAGAUGUCCUAGAUGGCAAAGGUCUGGAUGGAUAUUGUCAUUUAUCAGUGUAACAGACCCUCACAACCCAUGCGACCCAAACCGUUCAACUGUUCACAGCCCUUAGCAGUUGAAAAGCUCAUUUACUGCAAUUCUACACAUUUCCCAUGUCUUAUGUGUUCAUAUGAUACCAGGACUCAAAUCCCAACCCAAUUCAAUGUGAAAAUGUUGUUUAAGAAAACAUGUUCUGGGUCACGAUCCCAUGGUCCUUAUUGACUCCGUUCUGGGUCUGGAUCCCGCGGUCCUUAUUGACUCCGUUCUGGCUGGUAUAGUGUACCAUAUCGCCAGUUCAUGGUACCACCAUCCCCCUGACAGAACUAUAUUCAUGU